ACAGUUGCUUUCCUUCAUUCAAGUAUCACUGGAAUUCUUGAGUAGCAAUCAUUCAAAAAGGAUAAAUUUUCCAUAAUUUUUCUAUUAAAAUGGUGAAGAAUGAAAAUAUUGGAAUAAUUGGCAGCGGUAUAAUUGGCCGAAGUUGGUCUAUGCUGUUUGCUAGUGUCGGUUACAAUGUCGUAAUAUAUGAUAUAGUUCAGGAACAAAUCGACAAUGCUCUUAAGGACAUCCACCAACAGCUGAAGAGAUUGCAAGAUAAUAAACUUCUUCGAGGAGCUCUUACUGCAGAUCAACAGUUUGCUCUAAUUAAAGGUACUUCCAGCCUUGCGGAAGUUGUGAAGAAUGCCAAACUUGUUCAAGAAUGCGUUCCUGAAAAUCUGGACCUGAAGAAAAAAGUUUAUGCUGAACUGGAUAAAGUCGUUGACGACAAGACUAUUAUCUCAUCGUCAACAUCGACCUUCAGGCCUUCGAUGUUCACUGAAAAUCUCAAGCAUCGAGCUCAAGUCAUUGUUUCUCACCCUGUGAAUCCACCGUACUAUGUACCACUAGUGGAAAUCGUUCCAAGUCCAUGGACUAAAUCUGAAAUUCCUGAGCAAGUGAAAAGUAUUAUGACCGAAAUAGGACAGGCGCCGGUGGUGUUUACCCGGGAGAUUGACGGUUUUGCUCUCAACAGAAUACAAUAUGCUAUAUUGAAUGAAGCCUGGCGGCUUGUGAGUGAUGGUGUUUUAAGCGUCAAGGACGUUGACUUGGUCAUGAGUGAAGGUCUUGGAAUGCGGUAUGCAUUCUUGGGUGCUUUUGAAGCCGCUCAUCUCAAUGCAGAAGGCAUGAAGAAGUACUGUGAAACCUACAACAAAUCAAUUUACGAUGUGAGUCAGACAUUCGGGCCCACUCCCAGAUUUAUUGGAAAGGAAGCAGAAAAUAUUUCCAAACAGCUGGAGGAAAUGUGCCCUCUGGAUCAACUACAAAACAGACGUGCCUGGAGAGACUUGGCAUUGACUAAAUUGUCCAUCUUGAAAAAACAAUUAAACCAAGACAAUUAACAUAUAGUUUGUGUAAAUAAUGAAAUGAUUUUGUAUUCCCAUGGGCACCACUAUUGCAAAUAAAUUUCGAUAACAUACCUCUAUGAGAGAUAAAAAGUUAA